AAAUAUGGGCUGACUUUGCCAAGGAUUAUAUAGCAAAACGCGUUGUCAUGUUGAGAGAGUUUCAAACUUUUGAGGACAAGGCCAACGCCAUUAAACUUGAUACUGGUGUUGAUGAUCGGCUUGCUAGGAUGAUCAAGAAGUGGCUUCUUUCCUAAGCAGAAGUUAGCCGUUGGAAAGCUUGAAUAUAAAACAUGCAUUGAAGCAAGCUUGGCUACUGUAACUUCUCUUUUUGUCUGCUUAUUAUGCGAAUAAUUUUAAGCAUGAUAUGUUAUGGAUUUUUCCAGAGGAUUCCAUGCCUUUUUAAUGAUGCUGUGAUGGAGUUGAUGUGGGGACUCAAGAAUCUUGGGAACAAUUUAGAGGGUGUUUGAGACUGCUCCAUAAACUCUGCUCCAUAAACUCUAUUUUGGAGCAGCUACACAAAAAACUGGAGUCUGUGGAGUACCUCUGCUCUUACAACUCCACCAUUUUUCCUCGAACUGAGUGCGUGGAGCUGAAACCGUUUGGCUAAAACACAUGGAGCGGAGCUGAAAAUAUAGAGCAGAGCAGUCCCAAACACCCCUUACUACCCGAAGAAAAGUUGGAGCUGACUAAAGAGGACCGUCUCCCGAUGAGUAAAGAAAUGAUAAUUUUUCUUGAACGUAAUGGCUUUGCUGUUAAACCACAAAUGGUUAAUGACCGAACUAUUGAGAUGGCUUACGCCCUAUGUGAGAAUAAACAUGCUAAAUCCUUGCAAGAUAUGGAAGAUAUUAGUGGCGUCAUGAAGAAGGUAUCAGGCAUUAACUUUGAUGACUGGGACUCUUUAAAACGUGUGUUUGUUGUCAAGAUCAUAAUAUGUUACCCUGAAGAAACAGAAAACUCUAAGAUGUUUUCAGAUAAUGAGCUAUCAAAAUUGCUGUCUAUAGCGCCUAGUCUGGAGGGUAAGCUCUUUAUUAAGAAUACUUGCAUGGAAAUCUACGAAGACAUUGUAUUCGCUCGUGCAGUUAGGGUAAAGAGUGUUGAAGACUGAAGUCCUUGGUCAAGCAAGGAAGUACAAUUCAGUAGCUAGCUGACCUGACCUCUGAAGCGGCGAAGCGCACUAGGUGAUUAUUUGUGUACAUUGAUUACGAAUCUCUGUGCUAAACGAGAUCCGAGGAAAUUGACUAGCCGAUCCAUCGAUGAAUUGAAGCUUUGUCAUCCUUUCUUAUUUUGCUGCGUCGUCGUUAGGAGUACUUAGAU